UUGAUCCAUGGAGUGAACAUCUCAUAUAAGCGCAUGUGUGAUCCACUUCCAUUAGCCGUCUAUCCCACGAGAACGUUACAUUACAAUGUCAAAGUCCUCCCACAGACCACCUGAUAUUUUUGACAGCCCGCCUCCUGGUAAAGCACGAUCAAGUAUUCCAGCGCACAAAAACACAGUGUGGUAUUGAUAACUGGCAUUAAUUCAUUCAGAGGAUUAAUGACUCUUCAAUGGACAGGGAGGCGCAAGACGAAGUCAAAAGAUGUCUUCGGGCCCAGUGAUGGCCAAGACUUUCCGUAAUGUGCCUGGAUUCCUCCACCUGUUAGACCUAGAUAAACCUCCUGCAAACAAAAGGACCAGCUUCAAAAGCUCUGGUGCCCACCCUCAAUGGCAAACCUCACAUGUCCUGCGGACCUCACCGCAACCCUCUGGAUCCCUCCACCAAAGCUGUUGUCCUUCCACCUCGCCUCUUCUGUUCCCUCGGUCGUCUGCUGAGGUGGCUGCAGCUGGACGCAGCUCUCUUCAGUCCUCACCUGAUGUGAUGAACAGCCAGUGCAGCACAGAAUCAGACCGUAGCACAUCCACCUCUUCCAUCAACAGCUCCUCUGCUCCAAAAGUCCCUAAAAAGCAGCGUCUGUCCAUCAACGCAUUUGUUCAAUCCUGGUGGACUGACCGCAUUCCGAGACGUAAAUCCCGGAAUCAGAGUGACCCCAGUGAAGACUGCGUCAGCUCAGAGUGUGCUCUUGAGAAAACCCACAGCCACUCUCCUGAGGAGUCCUCGAGUUCCUCGGAAGAAUUUCUCCAGUGUCCUCUGUGCCUGGUUCGGCAGAAGCGUGAACACUUCCCAGAGCUUGUGACCUGCCCGCAUCGUUCCUGCCUGGACUGCCUGAGAGAGUACCUGCGCAUCGAGAUCUUAGAGUCCCGGAUCAACAUCAAAUGUCCCGAGUGCUUUGAGUGUUUGAACCCUCAGGACAUCAGGAUCAUCCUAGAGGACCCGGACCUCACUGGGAAGUACGAGGAGUUUAUGAUGAGAAGGUUUUUAGCAGCUGAGCCCGACUGUCGCUGGUGCCCGGCCCCUGACUGUGGAUUUGCAGUCAUCGCUAAUGGCUGCGCCAGCUGUCCCAAAAUCACAUGCGGCCGCAGUGGCUGCGGCACUGAGUUCUGCUACCACUGCAAACAACUGUGGCAUCCAGACAAGACGUGUGACGCGGCCCGGCAGGAGGGAGUGCAGAACUUCGAGUUGAGAAACUUGCUCUCUUCGCUGAGCAGCCACGAGAGCGAAGGUGAUGAAAUGAAACAGUGCCCCCGCUGUUCUGCCUUCAUCAACAAGACGGAUGAUUGGGGCUGCAACCACAUGGUCUGUGUUUUGUGUGGUUGUGAGUUUUGUUGGCUUUGCAUGAGGGAGAUCUCUGACCUUCACUACCUCAGUCCAUCAGGCUGCACCUUCUGGGGAAAGAAGCCCUGGAGCCAAAAGAAGAAGAUCCUCUCUCUGCUCAGCACGUUGCUGGGCGCCCCUGUGGCCAUCACUCUGUUCGCCAGCCUGGCGAUCCCUUCAAUAAUCGUCGGCAUCCCCAUCUAUGUGGGCAGAAAGGUCAUCGGUUACUACAGGUGUAAGGAAAUCUCCAAAUGUAAGAAGAACGUAAUAAUAGCAGGAGGAGUUUCGCUUUCUUUUGUGGCGUCACCUGUCAUCGCUGUUCUGACUGUUGCUGCCGGUGUUCCCAUCUUGCUGGUGUACGUCUACGGAGUCAUCCCGGUCUCACUUUUCAGGACCGGUGUUUUUCGGGUGCCCACUGUCAGCAGCAAAGGCGUCAAGAUUAGAUUUGACGGGGACAAUGAGAACACUGUCUUCAGAGCCGCCGUGGCAGCAGCAGAAGCUCAGCCUUAUAUUCCUAAUCUGCACCACGGAACAAGUGUCUUCGGACCCGCGGGCCUCAGCACCAGUAUAGGUGGGGGUCACAUGGACUGUUGUGGGGCGAGUUCCUUCCAUCACUCACUCACACUUGAGAACACCACCACUGCAGCUGGGAACAGCAAGUCUGGAGCUGGUUCGAAGGGUCACUACAGCAGGAUGCAGGUGAAGGCAGAUGUUAAGAUGAAACCAUGUGAGCUGAGCAGAGACUCCACCACAGUCGACAAUGUGAGCACUCCAGCCACGGCAGGGUCUCAUGAUGGCGACGCUGCUCUGGAAAGGCAGUACAGCCUGGAUGCAUGUGUGAAGACGCUGAGACACUCCAGCUCCAUCUGCAGUUCAGAUGAAUCCAGUGUCAGCAGUGGAAGUGUGAUGACCAACAGCGAUACAGACCUGUGCCGGUGUCUGUCCACUCACUGCUGUGGAAAAGAUGGCUGCGAUUCAGCUCUUUGCAAUUCUAGUAAGAAGCGCACAGGGAAGCUCUGGAGAAGAUCCUGUUGCAAGAGAAAAACGAGCCCUUGCAAGUCGCAGGUGAAACUGGGAUGUGAGAACUGAGAGAUGGCUGGUGAUAACAAAGUUGUUAUAGUAGACACAAUACGACAACACACAUAAGAAUGAGAAGUGUCUCAUUCAUAUUUGACUCUGGAAUCAUCACUCGUAUUAAGUUGCAUUCUGGGGCAGAAGAUAAAUGAUUAAUUACAAGGAAAUAGAGUCACAACUAUGUAAGGAUUUCAUAAUUUAGCUAUAAUGAAAAGAAGGAGCAAAGAAGCUUUUUUUUAAGUCUGGUCCAUGUCAGUCUGUCAUGGCUGUCAAAGGAAUUUAUGAAAAAAAUUAGAUCUUUUUUCUUAAAAAAAAAAAAAAAAAAAAAAGGUUAAAAAUAAAUAUAUUGAGGAUAAAGUGAUGAUGUAAGUAUGACUAAGAUUUUAAUAAAUAAAAAUGAAAAGGACUGAAGAAGGAAAUAAUGACUUAUUUUUGUAUACAUAUUUUAAAAUGUGCAUGUGGACACAGGCGAGGAAGAACAGGCUAAGAAAGUUUUCAGAACAGGUAGAGCCACAUUUUGUCACCAGUGUCAAUUGACAGUUGGCAUGUUGCAGUGAUUUGAUUGUAUCCUGUGUUUUGUUAAGUCAGAACGUCUGGUGAAUGGAGAUGCCUUUCAUCUAUUUGGACUUUACUAUGGUCACCAGUCCAAAGGAGCCGACCAACACCAUGGGUUAGCCCAUUUCCAAUCACCCCUUGAAAUAUGUCAGUCCAUUUUGGAGUUAUCGUAUGUGUACAAACCAACACGCAAGCAAACAGAGCCCUAAUGACCGAAAACGAAAGCUCUUCCAUAUUUUAAGUCAUGGAUAUUUUGGUCGUGAAUUACGAGUAGAAAAUGUGAAGAUAACAUAGAGGCACUUUUGUGGGAUUAGAAGGAAAAAUGCAAAAAACAUUUUAAAUAUUAUUUAAAAAAAGCAAAGCAUGACUAAGCAUUCUCUCUGUAUAUUACACACAUAUUUGCAUUCAUGUUAUUUUCAUACCAGCAUGCAAGUUCAUUUACAAAAAAAACCCAAUCAAUAAUAUGUAAUAAGUAAUAAGUUUUGACCAAGCGGAACUGUGUUACAUAUUUAAUAAAAAAUUACUAGUCAUUUAUGUGACAAAAAUAUAGCUCGGCAUAAUAAUUUAUUGGGUAGUAAACUAUGCAAAGCCCAAUCUCAGAUUCUCAAACCUGCAUCAUCACCACGGAAACCUUAGUUCCUGAAAGUCCAUCGAUCUAUUACUACUUUGUGAUAAGCUAAGUGCACAUUAGAUGAAACAUCACUAAACCUGAGACUUCCAGCUGUAGUAGUUCCGACUGAUGAUAAUCACAACAGAAUAUUUUCAUACAAAUAAAACUGUUUUUCAAAACUUUCAACUGUUUUCAAAUGUUCAACCGUGAUGCCAUUGUCUUUAAAUAUGAACACUCAGACAAUUCCAACUGCUAGUCUAUACAUUCAAGAAUGGCAUGCCAGAAGGAAACCAACAGAAGAUGUGAAGGCUGGAACAGUACAAUCAGCAGUCAGUGUAAAUGCAUUUAAUCAUGCUCAAACCUGCGUUGCAAACAUGCAUUACAGAAAUCUGUUCAUUAAGAAACCGUUCAUGAGCAGUAUAAAUCUCUAAGGCACUCUUCUCCCCGUCAUAUCAACGCUGCAUGACACUGUCCUUCGCGCAGAAGCUUCAUUGUGCAAGCAGGUCAUCAGGUCAUGACACUUUAAACUCAAAGCUGCCUGGUGAGUAAGGUUCUGGUGCGCACUUGAAGAAGCUGACACAGGUCUUUCCAGGACUGGGCACCAGUUUCCAUUUAAACUGCUGCAGAUGGCUCCAGGGUUGCUACAGCGCCAGAUGUGAAUCCUCGGCUUCUAAAUCACAUCUGCUGGUCGAAACAAAAGACAACAACAUGAAGGGAGUUUUCCAGCACCAUAGAAAAGCAGCUUGUGUUUUUGGAGUGAAUACCUUACAAAGACAUAAACAUGUUUCGAAAUAGCGUCCUCACAGCUGAUCAACAGUCAACAUUUCAGUCACCACACAACAACAUGGUUGUCCCCAACCCAACGAAGUCAAGGAACUCAAAUGUGCCACACAAAAAAAAUCUCAACAAAGGAAAGAUACGACAGCAUGAGUGAAUGAAGCAGAUAUUCUGUGGGGUUCUGUGCCACUGAAAGUAAUCACAUGGAUCAAUUUAAUAGCAAAAAUACUUAUAAAUAAAACACAGUACUGGCCAAUGGUUUGGCUUAUUUAAUUUUGUUUUAAAAAGAAACAACCUUUUUGGUGCAAUUAUUUUUGAUUUUGUUUAAAUAGAAAUGUUGAUAUAAUAAAAUUAUACUCAUCUGAUCAGCUAGUAGGGGACUGAGGUCACUAUUUAUUUUGAUGGCAUUGUUAGAUGUGGCUUUUUGUGCUUGCUUUUGUGCUAAUAGAGCAUUGGAUUGAAGCUAUUUUACAUUGUGGAGAAUAAAACCUUAAAGAGCACAAAACCUUAAAGAGCAUAAAGAGAGUAGAGACCUCCACAAAGCCAUUCAUUUACACCAUUUCUUUUUACCCACUUUAAUUGGACUCAAUUCACUUAAGUUUUACACAGUGCUUUAUUCCAGCAUUUCAAAUAUCAUUGAGAGCAAUGAGCUCAGCCGGACAGCAGGUGGCAGUGUGAUGGGACCUGCCAUGAGUUUGAGCUGGCGCUGCAGCUCAGCACUGCAGAUUGUGAAGGAAACUUUAAAGAAAUUCUUUGAUCCAGAUGGUGAUCCAGAACACCACAAUUCAUUCGUAUUAAAACGUUUCAUUGAGAUCUGUACAUCUGUUUUUGUGUUGAUUUUUGUGUUCCCGACUCUCACCGUGGCUGUGUGUGCUGUCCCGUCCAGUAGGCUCUGUCUCAGCAGACGUGUCACCACCUCCAGCUCCUGCUCGGCCUCUCUGACAUUGGGAUCUAGCUGCAGUACCUCCUGAAGGUCACCGCUGGCGGAGAGGUAGUCCUGCCAGAGACGGAGCGAUUAACCAGUAAGUCAAUAAUCACAUUAACAUCCACUGAGCUCACCCGUGAUCUUGUUCCGGGCCAUUACCUGUAAACCCUUGUAAGCUAGCGCUCGUCUGUAGAAGGCCUUUUUGUUGCUUGGCUCCAGCUGGAGUGCAGAGUCACAGUCCUGUUUGGCCUCCGCAUAUCUAUUCAGCUUCAGGAGACAUAUAGCCCUGAAAGAUGAGAGGCUCAUUUUAACUGAUAUUUUUUAUUGUUGAUGCACAUAUGAGCUUCAAUUCAAUUCAAUUAUUGUAUUACAUGUAUAUGAAAGCCUUCUUUCCAGCUACCAAAAAAGACAUGAGUCUGAAUUAUGAACAGAUUCUUCAAGAUAGCCAAGGUAUAGUACAUUUCCAGAAAAGGCUUUGCAUAAUACCAUGUGAACAUUUUGCCAAAAUGUCUGAAUGUCGGGACAGUUCCAAAAGAUAUGUGUAUGGUUGGGAUUAAGCUGCAAACAUUUUCUCCAACACAUCUGAUUUUGAUUAUAUUUUUUGCUUUGAAACUCUGAAGGAAUAAGUAUCGUAGUUGAUUCUUUCGAGAGGCUAAUUUAAAUCCCAAUCUUGUCCACAAGAGUAAACGGCUACACAGUGUAAGCCAUG